GUUAUUUGGUAAUGAUUGAAACUGUAAUUAUAUUUAUAGCUUUGUAAUUAAUCACCUGAAGAAGAAGAAGGUGGCCAAACAAUUACAACUACAUCACCUUUUGCUAGGCAAAUUCCUUCAUUCAUUAUUCUACUCAAAGCAAGGUCCCAGCAUUUCUUUGUCGAGGAAUAAAGAGGAUAGGGUUGAAUUACGAGGCGGGUCAAUUCUACAAUAGAUCGCGUCAUAGUUGGUACUACACUCAAGAUUCACUUGUCUAUCAACCACAACUCAACUACAACGUUGCUGGCGGAAAAAACAUGGUGACCGAACGCAAAGAGUCGUGGUACUGGACGUUGUGGAAUGCAUUCGUCGAGAUGUUGAAACGUCUCCAAGACGAUAACAAGUACAAGGCUCUCUUUUCAAGAAAUGGUCUACCUGAGUCUGAGUUUCAGGAGCUUGUGCAGACUUCACCAUGGCGCGCCAUGAGUCGGAUGACACCUAAGUGGUCGCCGGAGACGGCAUUGUAUGCGGUUUUAGGGCACGUCUUCAAACCGUUCUCCAGCUGGCAUGAUGCCUAUAUCGAUAUGGAGUCGCGUGAGGAGGAUGAACAAAUCCACCCCGACCACUGCCUGCCUGGAAGAGAGAUCAAGAUGUAUCGGAGAUAUGCGUGGGCGUAUAUCUGGAGCUUCGACAACAUCCUCGUAUCUCGCUGGUUUUGCGUCGAAAAAGGAACAUCAAAUGGGAAGCUUGAGCUUCAAAAAAUAAAGGUUGAGUACAGCCAAGAAUUAUUGCAAGAAUAGCGAAGGCGCUCGACAUAGCUAGUUGGGGCGUGUGCUAUUAGUAUUAGCUGGAAUCGGUUGCCAAUCCCUCCCCAUCCCUACUCCGUACUCGUCGGGGGCUGCGCAUCCUACACGCAGCGAGCGCAAACGACGGCCGAGGGGCCGUCCUGUGUGGUAUUCAGUAUUGUAGCACUCCUUAUUCAGUAGAAGUUCGCGAGUUCAUGGGCCCACGGGUUCACGUUUUUGCUGUUGCUGUGUUUUUAGUUUAAGACGGUGCUCUCGCUGCGAGUGUUUUCGUUGCAAAUGCUUUCGGUUCGAGCGUUUUUGGUUCGCGUGUUUUUGGUUCAAGUGCUUUCGGCUCGCGUGUUUUCUCUUCGGGCGAUUAGCUUGAGCGCCAUCGAAGAAACGGCCCGAGGGUCGUCGGACAGAGAGGCGCUGCCUGCUCUCGUCCUCUCGUUGUUUUAGUCCCAUCCUUUCGCUUCUGCUUGUUUUCGCGAUAAGGGAAGAUAAAGACCCAAGCCGGGGCACAUCUCUCAAGUCAGCGCCCCGCUACAAGAUCAAAGCGGAUCGAAGUGGGAGCGAGGCUGUGCCCAUGCCCAAGUCUUCAGCCCUCUCGCGGCAAUUGCAAAGACUUUGAUGACAUGGGACGAGAUGGCGCAGACACGACAAACAGACCAAGCCAAAGAAAUCAGAGCGGAAGGCUACUGGCUUACCGAGAUCGCCGCAGGGUCUCUUCGCCUUCCUUCACGCUCCGGCAUCUCCUUGCCGCGUUCGUUUUUCUAUCUAAUCUCUUCGCUUUCACUCAACAAGACAGGGACCAGGUUCGCGCCUGCUUCUGGUGUCGACCUCUCUCUUCACGAGCAGCCACCCCCUUCGUGUUCGUUGAAGCAGGCGCAACGGCUCGCGCAGUCGUUUCCCUGUGUUCUUUGUGUUUCUAGUAUCAUUUUGAAGCUGUGCGGUGCUACUGCUCGAGGCGUGAGGUCUCUGCUACCAUUCUGGCGUGGGUGUAUCUAUUCAUAGGCGCAGCGGCGACGUCUCACGUCGAUGCCCGACCAGUCUUGCCUUGUGUCUAGUGUCGUGCGCUUUGAGUGUGCAGAAGCACGGGCUGCGGGUGCUUCGUGGUCUGUUUUGCAGGCAUCCCUUCCCCCCCCGCUAAAGAGUAUGAACCCCUCGGCUCUACCUCAGCGCCGUGCCAUCUUGGUCUCCCUCCGUUAAGUCUACUACUAGCACCCACUAGAUGAAGGAGCGCGCUUAGUGAGUUGUAGCGCGUGCGCCUCGAGUCUCUUCCUUGGUCGGCCUCGGUUAUCCUAUGCGGCCCCUCCUGACCCCGAACAACAACCGAGAGGAAAGGCAAUGAAUAACGAACGUGACUCGCCAGCUUUAAUAUAAAGAGGAACGGGCCGCGGCGUGGUCUUGCUCUAGUUCUAUAGUAUUCGCUUGCCUUUUCUCAUGCCAUUCCUUUCCAGAUGGAGCCAGCCUUUUCCCCUGUACUUACUUGCGAGGAUUAGGGCUUUAUCUUUGUGCAUCGUUUCGCUUGCUAAUUAGAAUGCUGCAGCUGGAUGCGCUGUAGACUUCACCGCCAUGGCGUCGGCUUCGCAUCUUCGUCGUCCAUAGCUAUAAUCUGAAGCGAGGGCUGAGCUGAAUGGAUUCACGUGGGCAGCCGCUCGUCGGUGUCGGACGAUGAAGACCAGACGCCACGCGCCUCGCGUCUAUUUAGUGGCUGCCAUAGGUCACUGGUUUUUUUCUUAGUUAGUCAACAGUCUCGGCCUGAUGCUCCUCGCCUGAUUUGAUACGAUUGAAGUUCGUGCAUGUACUAGCUUGGAGCGUCUGACGACAUUCCUCCCACUAGGAUCCGCCUCCUCCCCAAAGUAAGAAACUAUCUAAGCACGGCAAAGAUGUAUGUAAGCGAUAAGCGUUUUCAAAUUUCGAAAAUUUUCCACGUUUUGCCUUCGUUUGAGGAUUGAGCCUCGUGCGUUUGAAGUGCUAAGACCUCAAAACUUUUGGACUUUAAGGCCUUUCCACUCCCUGGGAUUCAAUUUCUUGGAUUUGCAUUCUUCAAAUUUUCGACAUUUUUCUGCCGUUUUGGGAUUGUGUUUUGUGCGUUUGAAGCGCAAAGGCCCCAAAGUUUUUGACUUUAAGCCUUUUCCCUGGAGUUCAAUUUCUUGGAUUUGCAUUUUUCAAAUUUCGAAAAUUUUCCACAUUUUGUCGGCGUUUUGGGGUUGAAUUCUGUUCGUUUGAAGUGCUAAAGUCCCAAAAUUUUUGAUUUUGAGCUCUUUCCCUGAGAUUCAAUGUCUUGGCUUCGGGUUUUUCGAAUUUCGACAAUUUUCCACGUUUUUCGUCGUUUUGAGCUUGGACCUCGUUAGUUUGAAGCGCUAAGGCCCCAAGGCUUUUGACUUUAAGCCCCACGCAUACGAUGCACCCUCCCACCCCGUGCUUCGUCUUGUCUUCGUUAGUCGCCUUAUAUCUGACACAUACAGCGAGGAGGACAUCUUUCGCAAUCCUUCUCAUGCUAUCGAGAGCAGAAGUUUUGCCCGCCAUCUGUGUCCUGAGUACGCUGCGCUUAUGGAUCGAUGGGCUGCAGGAGUGCUUCAAGCUGUAUCAAAAAACGAAGAGGAAGACUCCGCCCCUGGGCUGGAAGAGCAGGGGGCGCAUUUUUUGGCCGAUCCAUACGCGAGACGGUGUGGCAGAAUCGUGCCCCUGUUGCUUCUUUCUAUUUUACUUGUAUGUCUACACUCAGGCUAUUUGCAUGAUACUCGUGGCGGGUUUCCAGUGCUAGCAAUGCGAAUGCUUUGCAUUAAUUUACUGCGACGCUGGGCCCUUGCUUUUCAGUCAUCAACAAGAACAGCUAGGACUAUCCCCCUCCGCCUCUCCUACACACAGGAAGAGCAAGCGGGUAAGCAGGGGGACGCGCUGAGGGAUGGCCCGUCUGCGAAACGUGCGAAGCUUCUCCCCAAGAAGCCGGCGGAUAUGCAACUCACUCCCGAGAAUGGAGGCGCAGGAGGUGCCGGAGAAGGGGUUUGAGGAUGUUGCAGUGAACCAGCCGCGUGGCCUCUUCAAGAUCAUGGGCCGGCGGUGGUGUUGGGCAGUUUCUUCGAAACGGUGUGAGCAACUUAUGACGGCGGGCGGUGUCUGCAGCGGAGGGCGCUGAGUGCCAUCAGAAUCAGGGGAAGCUGGAAGGCUUUCAGAGGAGAGAAGCGGAGGGCUUUCACGCUGCAGCCGAUUUCCACGGCGUGUGUGGUUCCCCCAAGAAUUUGGAAGAAGUCGGUGAUGAGCAUGCGGGGGGUGAGGCUAAGCAGCAGCAGGAUCAGCCGCAGGAUGGAUUCGCUACGCCUCCAGCUGGGAACCGAACCUCACCUCUAUCGAGUUUGCCGCCAGCGGUAGCAUCCUCGAGGAGCAACCGUCUGCACGUACACCAGCGCCGGACGUUGUGGCCAUUUCGGAUUCAGAUGACAAUCAUCAUUCUGGCGGAUUUAGGCGCAAGCGCACAGCACAACCGACGUCAACCGAGGCAGCGACAGGAUCAGGAUCGAGUAGCUCGCCGUCUUCCAGUUCAAGCUACGCGACGUCAUCUGCUUCCUCGAGCGCGCAAGAUAUUCGUGGAGUUCCAACAGCACAGCAGAAGCAAGACUACUACGCAGAGACGCAGGUGAAGACUCAAAUGGAGCGGAGGCAGAAGAUGGAUGGCGUGAUAUCAUCGGACGCCCUUCAGCAGCGCGACCUCAUUCGCAGCCCGUUUUUGUCGCAGGGCAGCUACUUGCGUGAAGCAGAAGAGCUCUUGCAGAACUUUGGACCCAGUUCGCAACUCCGCAUGCUACAAGCUGCCACGAAGGCGCUUCUGCGUGAGUCUUCGGAUGCGAGUUGUGAUAAAGCCAUGGCUUUGCUUUGGUGUGGCGAAUGGGAAAGCGUGGCUCCGCACUUGUUGGAUAACGUGAGCUACGACGUGUCUCUGCUGUCAUAUUUCCGCUUCAUGGGACCAGAUUGCGCGGCGUGGGUGUUUCUCUUGGCUUUUUGUUACGUUUGCACGUGAGUCUUGCUUAUCAGUAUCCAUGUGAAUCAGUGCGGCGCACUGCUUUAUUGUUUUACUAGUCUCUUCUCAACAGUGGGCGCCUUUUCUUAUCUUCGACCUCAACCAACCACAUACAGAAAAUGCAAAAUAAAAGAGGCGCUGACGAGCGAGGGGCUGCGUAUUCAGACCUUGGGGCAUGGUCUGAACCCUGCGAAGUUGGCGAUGCUUCUGAAGGCGUUAGCAGUAUUCUUUCAAUCUGCAGGGUCACGAUUUGGCGCUACGUACGCACUCGAAACUUACAAAGCAGAGUUUGCGGCGGGCAAAUUCGUGGCGCCUCUACGAAAAGAAUACGAGAGAGCCGCGGCAGUUGAAUGCUCAGACUUUAGCGCGAAAGUGAAGGCUUGGAAGCCGCGAACGGUAUGGGAUCUGAAUUCGGCAGAUGUCUUUGCGCCGGAGGAAAUUCAAGCACUUUAGUUUGCUUUAUUGUCUUUGCAUUCUUUAGAAUUAGACGCUUUGACGGAUAGAGGCUGGCCCCGUUUCUUUGUGAUGCAUCAACUCAAGCCCAAACGUCGCCAACUUUCUUCCUUCUUUCUUCAUGCACCCCAUGCGUUUUCAUAUCAAUCCGCUAAGCGUGACAGCUGUGCAGCGAGCUAAUGAAAGCGACGUCACCCGUCACGAUCAAGACUCAAGCGAUGGCCCAGCGGGCUUCCUUCGUCGAACAGGUCCAGACUCAGUCGCUUGCCCAAGACGCGCGCUCAGGCUUAUUGGAAGCGAUCAAUGUGAACAGGAGGAAUUGGCUCGAGAGUUUCUUGCCGCCGGGAACUUUGGCUCACUUCAACCAAGCGACUAGCGACGGCGCUUUGGUUCUUUCCCUCAUUGACUAAGUUAGGUGGCGCGAGGUCUUGCGUGCCUUAUCGCGUAAACCUGAGAGGUGUCGCUGCGGCUGAGCAUGAAAGGGAACGCGAUUACAUUGAAUCUUUCCCGUGGUCUCUUCUGUCUGAGUCCUUUUUUCUGUUGCAAAUGGUUCCCCACUGAAGUCUCGCCUACUCUUACUACUAUCGCCAGGCGAUCUGUUCCUUCCAGGCUGGCUCCAUCUACGUACCGCGAGCGUUUCGGCGUGUGCGCGGAGUACUCGCAGGCUUGCCCUCUCUGCUCAGCACAGCUCUUUUGCGGCGCAGCUGUUGGAGUUGAGGCAGAAGAAUGAAGGGCAUCGAGGAAGGUGGUCUGGAGACUUAUAUCGAUAGCAGCGCUGGCCAAAAGCGGCAGCUUCGCAGGCAGAGAGCACGGCUGGCGAACAGAACCGAGGGCGUCCGCGGUUUCACGAACCUGAGCCACGCCAGCGACCAGAAAGAAGGGCAGAGCAUGGAGGAACGCAAAGAGGAAGCAGAGAAGCGGAAGCGGGAGAUCAAAGCAGCAAAGUAAGGAGAAGCAUUCGUCGGCGCUGUGUCUUGGUGCGGGUUCUGCGCAGGCGAUCGACAAUGGUGAGGAGACAGCGCCCCUUGAUGCACGACUCAGCUCCAAGGCGGCAGCGCUUGCACCUCUGCAGGCUGGAUCCGGUUCGGCGGCUUCGUCCUCAUCGUCGUCCAGCUCGUCAUCUUCUGCUGCAUCGCCACCGGAUCUGACCAUCUUCGCCAAGACCGUGGACUCUACGUUGGCUCGCGAAGGAACUCGAGCAGUACUUCGCUCGCGCGCAGGCGCGUGUGGCGCAAGGAGGAGAUCAAGACGCAGACGCAACAAAGGCGGUCGCAGAAAAGAUGACCAAGAGGCUGGAGACGAACAAACUGCGCGCUGCGACGUGAAAGAAAUCGAAGCAGCAGAAGACUGAGGACGGCGCUUCGCUCGGCGAGUUCAUGAUGGACGUGGACGGUCUACCUCAAGACGGAGAAGGCUGGAUGGAUGAGGAUCCGGCAGACGCAUUAGCAGGUGCGGGAUCUCUGAUCUUUCGUUCCGCUGCUGAGAACUUUGGAGGGAGUUCGACGCAGGUAGGAGCGCAAGGCUGAUCUGAUGUAGACCGUGGCGCGAAGGCUCUCUAUAACAACACGGAGGGGACUUGGUAGACUAUAGGUGGGGAGGAAGGUGUGGAGGAGAGCAACCAAGUAAGUAAAUAGAGAAGGCGUGGGGCAUAUGAUACGAAGGGACUGGGUGGGUGAAGUCGGGUUGUUUUCUUUUGUGGUGGCAAAGAGGUAGUCUACAUAAUGCGAAAGCUAGUGAGUGCCUAUCGUCACAGCGUGUACUAAUAUGCAGACCCCUUGGCGUUAGCUUCUGUCUUUUCUCCUUCUCGUGUUGUAUCGUGUUCGUUGAGACGACUAGCAGCGGCCCUUUUCUUUUGACUGUUCUAGUCUUGGGCAUGGUGGCGCCAGCUUCUUCUUCUUGCUAAGGGGUAGACCUGGAAGUGACGGGUGUGCUAUGUCUUUUACCUCUUGCGUUUUGGAGAUCAUUGAUAGUCUUAGGCUUUUUGUCACUAAGCUAGAUUCUGAGAGUGUUGGCAGCUGUCUCGUAGGCAACGAAACCGAAGUGCUUGGUAGUUCGCAGAGCUUGUCGAGUGUUUGGCUUCGUAUUGGUGUGCUAUCUAGCGGCUAGCGAUGUCGUGCAUCUUGGUCGCAGUACUUUCCUGGAAGUAGCAGCUUUGGCGUUGCCGCAGAGUCCACCGGCCUCCUUCGAGUAGUUACAGUCUGAAUCUCAGACCCACCGGCGUAGUGCGGAGCAGUCUCUUGCUUCGUUAUGCUAGUGCGAGGGCUUCGACUCUUAGCUUUAUCAUGAUUCAACCCCCUACAUUCCUGUAGCGCGGCGCAAGAACAUGUCGACGCCUCUUGCUGUGGCGUGCGCGCCUUCCCUUGUUUCAAGAAGACCCUAGUGGAUAUGAAGCAUUCCGUCUAUCUUCUUAGAUAGUGACGACUGGCAUAAGUAGAGACUAUAAAAGCCCCGGGCUCAGAGUAGGAUGGACUGGGUUCCCUGACACCAAGGGCAUCCUGCAUCUGGCCGGGAGGGUACUGGUCGGGAGUUUAAGUGCGCACAUCUUGCCUGAGCCUGGGGGUCUUUGCUUUGUACGCAAUGGCGUAAGCAGUCUCGUGUCGUGAUCUUCUUGACGCAGCGGCUUAUAUAAUAAAAAAACAUAGUGAGAGGCUACCCAGCGUGAUGAUUUCCAUAGCAGCAGCCGCGCCGUAUUUUCUUCUUGAUUUAUAUGAAUGCGCCGUCUUGCUUUUCCAUCUUCAGGAUGGCUGUAAAGUAUGUCCAUACGGCCGGCCAGCUUUUUCCUGCUGUAGUUGUGUGCACGCACAGGCACAGCAGGGCACAUGUAGCACGCAAGUAAGUAUGUUCAGCGUGAUGAGGAGACUUCUUUUCGAUCAAGUAGCAGGUCCUCUGUUUUUUGCACUCCAUGGCGAUGCUGCUUUGACGAAGUAAGUUGUACCUUUUUGCUUGACGUUGCAGAUUGUUCUUGCUAUCAUUGAUAUAGUAGCCCAAUCCGUUACGUCAUGGUGCUAAGUAGCAUGCGCUUCGUAGUAAAUCGCUUCGCUGGCAAAGAGCUAAGUAGUGACGAGCCCAAGGCUCCAUAGGCCGAUAAGCAUAAUCAUAGCAAAGCACAAGAAUCACGCACGUCCCACGCAGAUCAUUCAGUGCCUGACUCUUGAGGAUGCAUGGGAAUCACUUGGAAGGAGCUGGGGUGUAGGGGUAGGCAUUCCGCGCGGUUGCUGCAUCAUUUCCAUAAGUACUUGGGCGCCAGUGCUGUGGUUUUUUUCAUGACUGAAACUGAAUAGGAGUCGCGGCCCUGGUCUCUUUCGUUGAAUGUCAAUACCGUGGAAGGCUCUUGCGCCACGGACAGUGUUGCCGUCCCAUACUAGAGAGAGCGCCCCUCUGUAUUGUAUAUGACAUCUUUUCACACUAGCAAGGAUCGCUGCUUUUGCAGCACUGGCGCUUUCGCGUCUUCCUUGUCUUCAUAAGAUGCACAGAGUUGAAGUGUUGUCAUGGGUAGCCUCUCGCACUCAUUCUCCACGCAAAGCAUGUGGGCACUGUUGCGCGUGGUGUUGUAACCAGAACUGACAGCCAAGAGCUGGCAAGAGAACUGGCACGGUGUGAAGGUCCAAGCGUGAAGGCUGAGAUCGGUCACGUAUGGCAGAACUUCGCAUGAGUUUAGACGUUUGCCAGCGAGAGUAAGCAAGUUCAGUUCAGAACGUAGGAACGGUGUGCACGUAAGUACAAGCGCAACAAAGAAGCACGACAGAACAGGGCUGAGACUCUUGAACGAUUCUCAACCUAUAACCAUCCUUCGACGAUGUGCAUGCAGUCCGCUUUUGUUUUGAGAUAGAUUGCAGCUACGUUCUCACGUAUAUGCAAGUAAGCACAACGUAAACAACAAAGGGAGUAAGUUCCCUGAGGCUUGGCUUCGGCUUGAGCAGAGUACUCAAGUGCUCACACAAUCCCAAGCACAUGGAUAGCAGUUGUUGCGUGGGGAGAGCAGUCAACUUCGGUCGCAGGUGUUGCUCUGGGAAGAAUGAAGGAAAGGGCCGCAGUCAAGUCACGGCAGCUGUGGACACUUCCAAGAAGCACGCCUAUCUGUGGGCACCAGUGGCAUCAAUGUGGCCGAGUGCUUGCAUGCUUGUACAGUAUCAAUGAAACAGAUGCGAGCUUCUCGCCUCAUGUUGCUGCUGUGUAGCAGGUUUGUCAAAGCUUCUCGCCGCAUGUUUUUCCGAGCUUGUUUAAGUCAUGAGUAGAUCUGUGACCCACGACGAGGCCCCAAGAAUAAAAACUCUGGCCAGCAACACAAUAACAAGGCAGAGGGCCGGCUUCUUCGAUGGUAGUGAAGAUCUGCCCAUGAUGAAGUAGCUCGGUCUCUGCGUGCACACGAUACCAAGGAAGUGAGGAGACAUCUUGGCGCCUGUGUGUAGCGACGUACUGGAUGGAUUGCGCAUAAGGAUAGGAAUCUGCUGGGGGGAGCGCAUCCAAGACCACGCUCAUGAGAGCAAGUGUGGACCGUGAUCGGCUUGAGAGGCGAGGGGGAAUGGCGUCGGUUCUGUCUGACACAUGGGCUCUGCCCUUGCCUGUCAGGCUAGCUAAGCUGCCUUUGCGCUUCCCGGAUCUCAUGUCCGACUCCAGGACAUUUCUUUUCUUUUUUAUCUUUCUCUGCUUCUGUUCCAGGGGUCCUUCUGAUAGCUCCAGAGUGGUUCCCUCGUGUCGCCUACCGCGAUUUUUUCGCGGUUUUCUGCGCUUUUGGUUCUCCUAACAAACUGUCAAAGUCUGGCAGUUUUCUUCUGGGCCGUCCGUUUUGCGGCGCCGGCGUUUUUUCAGGUUUGUUUCUUUGUUCCGUCGCUUUUUCCCUGUCAGUUUCCCGGUUUUCUCGCUUCUUUUGCGCUCGUGAGGUCUCCAAGUAAUGGCUUUCGUCGAAUUUUUCGACAGUUCGCCGGUUUUUGUUUGGCUUUUCUGGUUGGUUCGGUUUUUGUGUUACGGAGGCUUGGCUUUCUUAUCCUUGCGCUGCUUUUUUUCGCCCAGGUCGUUCCUUUCUGGUCUUCAAGUGUGCAGAGUCGUCCAAUUUUUCAUGAGUUUGGUUCAUUUUCUUGCUUUUCUUGGUCUUUCAUAUUGGUCAGACAGAAACGGAGAGAGGCCCACACUUGCAAGGCUCAGCGUGUUCGGUUCAGAGAAUAAGGCCUCGGAAUGAAAACAAGAGAGAAGCAGCCAGGUUUUCUUGGUUCCGCACUCCUUCACGAAACGCAUUUAAGGAGAAACGUGGGCGGUUCUUCCAUCCUUGUCUUUCGGUCCCAAGAGUUUGCCAAUUAUUUUCCCAGUAGGUUGGUAUCACACUGCUCCGGAGUCAAAGCUUGCGACCCCUUUGAAAAGCCCCCAGCGUUGGCAAUUCAAUAAAGUAGGCGCAGGCUUUCUGGUGGAAGACAGUAAGCGCGUAAAAGUGAAAAAUAAAAAAUGAAGAAGAGGGAGCUAAAAUAACAGAGAAGCUGGCGCAUAUAUUCAAACAAACGAACAACGCGGAAACGCUGGAGCUUACAAUACGAAUUUGCGAGCUUCCUUGACUUUGACAAGACAGGCGGACGCUAUGGCUUCCUUUCUUUCGUGUUCAGUCUACAUUUGCUGGGUAUACAGGGGGACGAUAGUGGUAGAUAGGUUCAGCUCACAAAUGCCCCCACAUCGUCCCAGAUCUUUCUGCUUGCGGAAGCCUCGCAAAUACCUCCGGACCGUCCAGCAGGCUUAUCCUCUGAGCGACUUGGCCUUUUUGUAGAUCCUUUCAUGUAGCGCGUAAGCUAGCGAGACACCCCCCGAAGAAAGAGACAAAAAGAGCACAAGAAAAGCUCUCAGACUAGACAACGAGGAACGGGCCCCACUUGCACUUCGCACUUGAGUAAGAUGAUGGGCCGACAAUGUGUCGCCUUGCUAGGCUUCAUUGGAGUUACUAGCGAGGCGGCGUCGGUGUCUGUAACUCAUAACCUUCAAAGAAGUGCUGUCUCGGAGGCUGCUGCGCAUGAUGCAGGAGCCUCCCGCAGGGUAUGGCACAAAGAGAGUCGCAAUCUGUUGGGUUUAUAAGGUGAUCGGCGCGCGUGUUUGGUGACGGCUUACAGCGAUCACGUGAACGCUCGCAGAAGCACUAUCUUAGUAAGUUGCUACUCCCUCGCGCUCGUGAAUGCCAAUGCCUUCGGGGAUGAACGCGAGCCAUUCCUGGUUGUGCGUGAAGGGCGGCCAGCUUUGCUUGAACUUGCCUAGCAACGCCGCGGCAGCGGACAUGGUCCGCGGCUGCUUUCUGGUGAUACUUGGUAGUAUAUCGCUCGGCUUGCUUGUUCUUCUUUGAAGGUACAGGCAGACUGAGUCAGCUUCUUAGUCAAUAAGUCAGCUUGAGCACUGAGGUUACAUGACAUGGCAUGACGUGACUGGCCUGCUUUGUUUUUUGCUCGUUCUGGUUCUUCUUCUCCUUAUCUCGUGACCCAUUCGCAUCGGGUUCGUUGGUUCUAGUUCUGAUCGGACGAAUCUGCAUGCUGCCAGUGGGCUAGUCUGUCACGUAGACAGCACUGACUAGCAAACAAUACUCGCCCCGCCAUGACGUCAGCCCAAGCUAAGUCAUUGACGCGGCAGAAUCAAUAUUGGCAAAGGGGUUCGGCUUCGAAGUAGCUAGUUUGGGCGUGUGUUUUUAGCUGGCGCCGGUUAUCUGUGCCAGUCCUUCUCUGUCCCUAUUGUGUAUACACCGGGGGCUGCGCAUCCUACACCUACAGGGAGGCAGCGCACACGGCCGGCCGGCGUGUGUGGUAUUGAUUCAGCCAGUAUGCUGGUGCCCCUUUUUCAGUAUUCAGCACUCAGUAUCUAUUCUCGCCCAUUUCUUUUGGCUUCGUCCCUCCACUCUCUUUCUAUCAAUCUGCGUGACACUCACGCCCGCACUCGCUCACCUGCGGCAUUCGAUUCGCGCGCCCUUUGGCGUCAGGCUUUUCUCUUUCUUAUCUCACGGCCCACCCCCAUGGAAUUCAUCGUUUCGAACGAAUCUGGAUUCGUAAGUGGGCUAGUGUGUUAGUACGUAGACAGCAGUAGCAAAAUAGUGCUCGCCCCUUCAUGGUGUCCGCGCUUUCUGUAUGCGUCUCAACGACAAGGAUAUUUUUCGAAAAAAGACCCGCGAAUAACAUCCGAAGCACACAAAGUCUUUCAGCUUGUUAAGGUGACCAGCGGCAAGCGGGUUUGGAAGCACAUCAUCACCGAGAAACCGAAAAGGCGAACACACCUCGCUCCGUCUGGUUUCACGCAAAUUCAUACGGCAGAGCUUCCUGAGUGGGCUUGGCAAGGUGCAGCAGCUGGUGCAGCACUCGUCAUACUAGUGGUCAUCUUUUACUUCUUCUUUUUCUUCUUUCGCCUCCGCCGUGGCACAGGUGGUGCGUCCGCUGGUCCUGGUGUGCGGAAUGCUCUCGCUAAUAGCUCCCUGGAAGGUAGAAGUGAAGAUCAGGAGGAUAACAUCAAGAUGCAACCUGUAACUGCUGAGGACAACUACGGUUCAACGAGCCAGGAUGCUGGUCUUGCUGCUUUCUUGUUUUAUCCAGGUGGAGAGGCGGACGCGGAUCAUGCUGAAGAUGGUGAAGAUGAUGACAGUAAGAGCAACAUCGCGGAAGGUGGCGACGCUUCAAAUGGCGAAUGUCAGGGCAGACGACGAAUACUGAAUUCGAAGAGGACCGAGGAUGCUGACAACGAGGAGGAGUUCGAUCCAUCUAGGAGUAGUGCUCAAUGAGCGCGCUGCCGAGUUUUCAACACUUUCUCGACGAACUUUACAGCCUGUUGUCGUGUCGUGGAUGAAUUGGUGCCUUAUUUUUUUUGCGAUUUUUCAAACUAAAGAUCAUUACCUUAGCAAUGAAACAAACAAGUUUCUAUGAUAAAGAAGGAAAAAACUUACUCACCCUGAAAACUUUCAAAAAACCUGAAUAAUCUCGCCGGCCGGAGGCUGUUAUUUGCGGAGCUCUCGCUGACCGACUGCAAUUCCCGCACGACUAAGUAAACGUAGAGGCCGUGGCUCUUUACCUUGCGAGAAGGAAUGAGUCAGGUACCUUUAUGAUAUCUUAUGAUAUGCCAAAAGAUGGUGAUGCUUGGCUAAGUUAAAUAAUACUUGUUUGUUUGUUUUGAUGCGCUCCGGGCGACGCGUACGAUCCCGCCGGAUUUCUUUGUGCUCUGUGUGUGUAGUGCUAUGGUCGUCAUUGCGAUCGACUAUGGUUUCAUGUCAGGUCGCCACAGUCCCCGCCAGCUGCGGCUUUUGUGGCAUGCCAGGCGCGGCGUGCUGCAGGCGGCGGCGACUGCGCGUAGGUAGCACCUGGCGGCGAGGCGCGUCCGGGUUUGGUUGACGUUCUUGCGGCCUGCGUGCACUGUUCUUCGCGUUCUCGUUUUGUCUUCGUUCUUUUUUGUCUUCGCGUGCUUCCUUUCUUGUCUCCUCCCUGCUCGUUCUUUGUUCGCCACCACCUAUCUCGGCCCCCGUCCUAUCGUAGCGGGCAGCGAUGGGUUUACCACAGCGGCCGCUACUCGUUUCCCCUUGUCUUCACUGGAGGUGUGGCGGCUGCGCUCGCAAGAACGCACCGCCGAAGCUGGUCGCUAAGUCGCGAAGGUAUGGGAUUAGCCGCUUCGGGUUCGACGCAGCCACCCCAACAUUCGCCGGAACUCCGUGGGCCUCUACUAGAGCCUGGAGCGCAGGGCACUCUAGUAGGUGCUGCGUGCUUGCCGCAAGGCCAGGGCAAAACGGGCAGCCAACGUCCUCCCCGGUGACUCCGCUCGCCAAACGUCCCAGCCUGAAGGCAUAGUAUCGCCGCUCGUCUUCCCGCGAGCACGUUACGCCUCGCAGGAGGUCCUUGCCGCAGCUGCCUGUGUCUGUUACGGUCUUGGCCGUCUUGCUCCCUGUGCGUGCUGCUCCGCUUAUCUGGCGCGACUUGGCUACGCGAAGUACCCUCGCGGCCUCCGUGCGGUACUGCCUGUGGCCGAUCGCCUGUCCCGUCUCGGCGGGGAAGUCCGAAGAGCUUGCUAUUCCGGCUAGCUGGUCAGCGAUCUCGUUGCCGAUGACGCCUGAGUGCCCGCGGGUAAAUCUCAGCUCUAGUCUGCCCGCUGGUCCGAGUCCUGUCAGGGCAGCACGAAGAGCCGAGUACAGGGCUGUGUCGUUGUCGUUCCUAAGUGCUGGGUUUAAGAUCGCGCGCAAGUUGGACUGGCUAUCGGUUACGAUGACGACCCUUUGGCCAGGGGUAGCCCUGGCGCCUAUCCCCCACAGGGUCGCCUCGAUUGCCGAUCUCUCCACCUCGAAGGAGUCACACAGCGGCCCGCAGUCCCAGGCGGAGCCGAAGUAUCCAGCGCUACUAUACCAGAAGGCCGCCGCACCACCGCGAAAAUCGGAGUCCGUCCCGUCUGUGUAGACCGUCACGUCUGCUUUGCUCAAAGCGUCGACGAGUGCGGGGGCGCCACCUGCUGCGCUUGGCUCGACGAUGAGGCGCCCGUCCUCCUGCGCCACAUGUACGCUAGAACAGCCGUCACCUGCAUGCUCGGCAACCUCUGGCAGCACAGUCGACUUUGCUGCGUGCGAUGCUCCGCACUGGAUGAUCCUUCUCCCGGACUGGAUCCAUCCGACCCCGGGGUGCCUGUCUACUAGUUGCCGGAGGAGGUCUGCCUUGGGGCGCGAGCUUGCCCGAGCGACCACCGACGCCGCGUCGACCGUGUACUUGUCUUCGAAUGUCGCCAGCCCCGCCAUGGCGAGGGCGCACUCCCGCUGUGCGUUCCCUGGCUGCCCCAAGAUCAGGCAUGCUGCGCGGUACUGGAAGCCCUCGAGCUCUUUCCUUUGCUCUGCGGUCAGCCUUCCCCAAUAGCACACCAACCCAUACGCCGCUGCUGCCUCGACAAAAAGCUGAUGCAUCGCGCGGAUUUCUCGAGCGCGGCUCCAGGACUCCCUGGCAAGCUGCCGCACAGCUGCCUCCCGGCGUCGCAUCUUAGCGACGAGCGCCUCGAAAUGCCUCCCGAACGACCACCGGCGGUCGACGACGAUUCCGAGGAACUUCGGGCACGGGUCGUAGUGGAUCUGCACCCUCCCAGCCGAGAGGCUAAGCUCCGGCAUCUCGCACGCAUACUGCUCCUGGAAGACAAUGUAGGAGCACUUUCCUGGCGACAGCUGUGCGUUACUAGACGAACAGAACGCAGCCACGAUGUCUAGGGCCGCCUGGAGCUCCCGCUGCCCGGCUUGCGGGUCCGUGUACUCGACCGAGAGGACGAUAUCGUCGACGUAUCCAAACACUUCGACGCCAGGGCAGCGCGCUCGGAGCUCAACCAGGAGGGGGUCGAUAUAGUGCCCCCACACCGAUGGGCCGCUGACUGUUCCCUGCGGAACGCCUUGCUCCAAGUCGACCCUCGGCGAGAGCGCCUCCGCGAAACGCGCGACCCUUGUCCGCCCAGAAACGAAAGCCCCUAGCCAUCGGGCUAUCAGGAGGAACUGCUGUCUGUCACUAGACCUGGCCGGCCCACUGCCCAUGGCUGUUGUGUUUGUGGCGCUGAAACUGCUGCGCUUGGCAAGUAGGCGGUUGACGAAAAGGUCCGGCGGGACACGCUCGAAGGCCCCUGUGAGGUCCAAGAAAACAGCCGCCCGUCGUUUGUGCUUGCGGAAAGUCUCCUGAACCUUGACUGCCAUGGCAGCCACAUGGUCAGGCGCUGCCCUUGCUGGUGUGUCACCGUACUGCGCCGGGUCGUACUGAAGGCGGCCAGCAGCCUGGAAGAGCAUCCGGAGGCGCCUCUGUGCGGUUCUCUCGACCACCUUUGCUAGUGUCGACGUCAAUGCAAUCGGACGUAGGCCCUUCGGCUCCGGUACGUUUGCUGGCUCCUUUGCGGGCUUCAGGAUCGGCGUGCACAGCUCGCUGCGGAGUGGGGCCGGCACUACUCCGGUGCUCAAGCUGCCCCGGAUGAAUCUCAGCAGCAGUCUCUUGCCUGCCAUGGGCAUCUCCUGUAGUUGCUGUGCUGUGAUCCCAUCCUCCCCUGGUGCAGCCGCUGCUUUCUGCUGGCUGAGGGCACACACAACGUCGUCCAGGGUGACCGUGGCAACCGCCUCCGCGUCGAGCUCCUCCGCAAAGAUCGUAGCGUUUGCACGCGCCGCCUCCCUCAUCGUCGCCUCCGGAAGACGUGGGUGACCGUCGUAGAAGUGCGCCAGCACCGACGCAAGGUGGUCAAAGAAGACCUUGCCGCAGUACCGCAGUCCCGCGACAGCCUGUUCGCACCUUGGACCUCCCUCGAGCUCACGCAAGACCUCGAAGCACCCCCUUGUUGACUUUUCUGCAGCCUGGACCCGUUCUAGGAAGCGGCUACGGAGACGGGCCCCUUCUGCGUCUGCGACGGCGCUUGAGGCUUCCGCCACCGCCUGACUCCAGAGGGCGACUUCGUUGCUGGUCCUGGCUCGCGCGAGGCGGGUCUGGCACUCCUCUCUGAGCCUUGAAUACUUAUAAUUGGAGACUCUUGCCCUUUUUCAUCUUACUAAGUCUGAAAAUCAGCAAGUUUUUUUUGGGUCUGGGGAACCCCCGGGCACCGCACGUUCACAGGGCCAGUGCCUUUAUAUGUCUACUACACAAGAAGACCAAGAGCAGUCUAUCAGUAUCAUUUUCGUUCCUAGCUCUUUCACAUUUACUUGCUAACCUCUACUACAUCUCAUCGUAAUCCUAAAAGACAUUCAGGUACCUCGCCAUGGCCUCUGCGAGUACUGCGGGAAUAAAUUGGUCAGCUUUUAAGCUCCGUAAAAUCCCUCGCCGCCGAGUUACGCAAUUUUUCAAACUCAAUGAGUGAGUAGGUUUUUCCUUGCAAUGUAUGUCAAGGUAGAAGUGCUAGUCUUCUAAUUGCAACAACGUCAACGUCAUGUACGCUUCAACAUCACAAACUACUAGAAAUUCUUUCCUUCCACAUCCACCAUACCCAUCUGCAUACGACGAGGUAGAGGAUUGAUCAUUUUGUGCCAGUUGUACUUGUUGCGGUUGAUUUAGACUGGCUUGAAGAUUUGCAGCGUCAAUGGCAGGCUGAAAGACUUGAGCGUAUCCGGAAGUUGAAGUGUGGACGACUUGCAGGUGAUUAUUCGUCUGCUGACUGUUAGGAUCCAAUCCUCUUGUAGGGCGAGUAACUCUACGAAACGAAAUCGAUUGGUGUUGUUACGACGAAAACGAUGAAGUAUCAGCGAGAAUUAAUUGUCAUGCAGGGGAGGGGGACACAGAUCCGCGAUUUGCAUGGCAAUCCUUGCUGUUCCGAAGAACUAAGAGUUUGUUGUGUCACGGACGAUCAUGCUGAGGACAUCGUCACGUAUAUCAGGACAUCCUCAUGCAUGUCCACUCCCAUACUCUUAUAUAUUCAUCGGUUUAAGAUUUCAUGACUCAAAAAAUGUGAUUUCGGCAUGAUUCAUACGAAGUUGGAAGGUGUUUAGUGACAACAUGUUGAGAAUGAGAUGGAUUUACCUUUAGGACGAAGGGUCGCACAUAAGUGUGAAAAUGUUUACUCCAUUCGUAUUGAAUCUUUUUGUUCCUCCUCGUUAGUCAUUAUAAAUUAUGACUGUAGUCGUGGUCAUUUGCGUCCCAAAUUGUCCUCCCAAAUUAUCUAUGAAGUAGACUGUCUACUUUUGCGCUCCUCUCGUCCUCAGGAUCGGGUCAGUGAACAAGACUAACGUUUUCGGAUGAU